AUGAAAAUGGCGUUCGCCAUUGUCGCAAAAAAUAUACCAAGAAAUAAUCCAAGAUUGCAUACCUGCACAGCGCGUCUGGUAAAGAAUGCAUUAUUGAAAACAUUUGGAACCACUCCAUCGGUGUGCACAAAAARUCACAUAAAGAUCGACUGCAGCAAAAAUGGUCAGGUGGCGACAUUUGUCUUACAGAGACCUCCCGUGAACAGCUUCAGUAUGGACUUCAUGAAUGAGAUCAUUGAAGGUCUAGAGAUAGUAGAAAGCAAGAAGUGUCGUGGGUUAAUCAUUACAUCUGAUAUUCCCAAUGUGUUUUGUGCUGGCCUAGAUUUAAAGGAAGUUCUACWGUCAGACAGAGAAAAACUUGUGAUGUUUCGUCAAACAUUCCAGAAAAUGUGGUCUCGGUUAUAUGGAUCCAGUUUAGUAACCAUGGCAGCCAUCAAGGGACAUGCAAUUGCUGGAGGCUGUGUUUUGUCAAUGGCUUGUGAUGUGUCUAUCAUGGCAACUGGAUACAGGAUAGGUUUACCAGAGCUUUCCUUGGGGCUCUACCUUUCACCAUGGAUGUCAGGAACUUUGAUAAAUGCUGUUGGACGAAACAUGGCAGAGAAAAUCAUCUUCAARGCUCAAGUGUUUUCAUCUGAGAAGGCUGCUGAUAUUGGCUUGAUUCAUAGUGCUGUUGCAUCCAGUGAAGUUAUGCAAACAGCACAUGAAGAAAUGAUGAGAAGGCUCUCAGUAAAUGAUGAACCACGAAAAGCAGUAAAGAGAUUUUUCCGAAAGGAUUUACUUCAGCUGCUUGAAAGAACAAAGGAAGAGGAUGUCCAAAUAUUCUUGUCUACAAUUUUCAAUGAGUCAACCAGAAAACAAAUAGAGACAAGGUUAAAUCAACUARGAACAAAGAAAGCAAAAUAGUCUAUUUUAGAAAAUAGAGAGAAAUAAUAAGAAAUAAAAGAAUAAUUACAGAGAUACAGA